AUGACCUACAGCACUGUGGCAAUCCCGGGUACAUGCUUGGUCACUAGGAUGUGGAACAUACAGAGAGAGCAACACAGACCACCCGACAGGAGCAUGGACACAGGAGUUGGGGCAAUGUGGGCACCUCACAGAAGAGGGAACGCAGGAGGGCGGCACCUGGGCACAAAGUUCUCAACUCCGUUAGUUAGCAAGAAAACGCAAACUAAAACCAAGGUAAGUGUGAGGGUUAUUAUUGAGUGUCAACUUGAUUGGAUUAAA